GACACACAAACAGUUCCAGAGUCUGCUAUUUCCAAACCAGCCUUCUACCGUGCGGAGGUAAAAUCUGAGAGACGACCUGCCAUCACCAUGAAAACACUUAUUGCAGCUUACUCCCAAAAUCGGAGUGGGAGCCAUGCCAGCAUUCAGGCUGCCCUGCACACUCUGCUCACUGCCCCCUGGCCCUCGCAGCGGGACGUCCGGGCAUGCCUCCAGCUUCUCUCUGUCCUGCAGUGGGUGCUCAGCUUCUUGUUCAUGGGAAUCAUUUCCCUGCUUCUCCUCAUCUAUUUGGUUUUCACCAGUUUCUGGCCGAUUUCUGCUUUGUACCUGGUCUGGCUAAUCUUUGACUGGGACACACCGGAGCGAGGUGGGAGGAGGUUCGCAUGGUUGCGGAAAUGGGCUGUCUGGAGGCACUUCCGGGAUUAUUUCCCUAUUCAGCUGGUGAAAACUCAUGAUCUCCAUCCCAGCCAGAAUUACAUUAUUGGUUCACACCCUCAUGGGAUUCUCUGUGUUGGGGCCUUCUGCAACUUUAUUACUGGGUCCACUGGCUUCUUUGAGAAGUACCCUGGUAUCAGGUCCUUCCUGGCCACGCUGAGUGGCAACUUCCGGAUGCCUUUCUUCAGGGAAUAUCUGAUGAGUGGGGGCCUGUGCCCUGUGACACGCCAGGCCAUAGGGUACCUGCUGUCCCGGAAUGGUACUGGCAACGCUGUAGCCAUUGUGAUUGGUGGUGCGGCUGAGUCGCUGUCCUGCCAGCCGGGUGUCACCACAUUAAUCCUUAAGAACCGCAAGGGCUUUGUCCGGAUGGCACUGCAGCAUGGGGCACAUCUGGUUCCCUCCUUCUCCUUUGGGGAGAAUGAGCUCUUUCGACAGGUGGUGUUCAAAGAGGGCAGCUGGAUGAGGAACCUACAGGAGAGGUGCCGGAAGCUGCUGGGCUUUGCCCCUUGUCUCUUCUAUGGACGGGGCUUAACCUCUAUCCAUUCCCGAGGUUUCCUGCCCUUCCCCAGGCCCAUCACCACUGUUGUAGGAGAACCCAUGACAGUGCCCAAGAUUGAGGACCCAAGCCACGAAACGGUGGAUCUGUACCAUGGAAUGUACAUCCGCUCCCUCCUUAAACUCUUCAACGAGCACAAAGCCAAAUAUGGCCUCUCGGAGACAGACGAGCUGAGGAUCCUGUGAAUGAGACCAGAGAGAAGCUGGGGACUGGAAAGAGAGAGGGCAGUAAAGCCCUAAUCCUGGAUAACUGCCUGUUCUUGGGGGUUGGCUACCAGCCUCCCUGGCAGGGCAGGGACUCUCAGGGAUGUAUAAAGGAUUCUGGGUGAUGUGGUGCCUGCAAUAGCAGAGGAUUUAACUUGAUGACCCAGGAGGUCCCUUUCAGUCCUGCAUCCUAGAUUCUGACAUACAAUUCAGCCAUGCCCCAGCUGCUCUGCCUCCUACUCUAACCCUGAUCCUUACUCACCCUCUCAGCACAGCUCCAAAGACUGUCUCUCUGUCCCUCCUGUGCCUCCAGGAUGAAUGAGGAAAGGAGGAUCAUUGUACAUAGUGCUGCACAUCCUGCAUGCUUUAUACUCCCUUCUAUGGGCAAUGCAGUGGGCCAGUACACCAGCUAUAUCAGAUCCUGAGGCCCCUUCAGGAAAGAAGCAUGAAAGGACAGGAAGGAGCACAGGGAGGAACUGGGGCUGAGCUUGAAAGGGGAAGUGUGACAUAAGCAGAGAGGACUAGGGUAGGUGUGGGAGGAACACUUCUUUGGCCAAGCCCUGCUAUCCUUGGGAAGAUGUAUAGUAGUUUUUCUACUGUGCUACUGCUGAUGGAGCCCAAGGGUGGGGUUGUGCAGGCUACAUCCUGCCUGAGACAGUAGGAGGGAGAGGUAGAUGGAAAGGAGAAGGAAGGGAGAGGGAGGGAAGAAUGGACGCAAAGCCCUGGCAUGUAACUGAGGUAGUGGUUGUGAGAGGAGGCCGCAGGGCCCUGUGGGAAAAUGGCACUGUGAUGGGCAGAGGCUUGAGACACACUUCAGCUCUUUGUCUGGGAAGGCUGAGCCUUUGCAACUCUGUGGUCUUGUGCCCAUGUUGAGUGUAGAAUGGAGCCUCUUGGAAGGGUUCUCCAUUCACCUGCGUGCUCUGUACAUCUGAUUAUGGGCAUACUCCUGGCGCUGGGUUGUCAGGCUGUUCAUGUGAAUGUGUCAUCUCUCUACUGUAGGGAGAGUUUUCCCUCUGCUGGUCAGUGUUAGCAGCUAGGCCUGGGCCUCAGAAGCAGGACAGGACAGGGCCAGGGCUUUCCUACACGGUGAGAGAAAUAGCAUUCGAGGUAAAGUUCUUGAGAGUCUGUCCACAGCAGGGGCAGGAGGCCUAAGUCUUUCCCUUUCAUUUCCCUUUCUCUUUCCCACAUGUCCUGUGUUCCCUGCAUACCCUGCCAAAUCUGUGUCCAUCACUGGUUUCCCUAUGGCCUUCUGCCAUUCUGCCCAGACCCUAGGUGCCUCAGCUUCCAGUCUUCUCCAUCUCUGUAUUUCCUGUAGGGGCCAGGGCAGGUGGCAGCUGAAAAGGCCAGUGCACAUUGAGGCUUCAUCUGGAGAUAUAUCAGGUCCUAGAGAAGCAACAGGUGUUUCCCUAGGGCCUGGCAGAUUGCAGUGAUUUCUGGACAGUUUGUGACCAGAAAGAGAUUGAUCUAUUGGAGGGAGAUGGGAGGAAUGUCCAGGGGCCAGAGGGAAAUCUAUCAAGCUUGGUUAAGCAAUGACAAUGUGGUGGGAAGUACACAGGGGGUAAGGUGUUCUUUAGCUACCAAGGGGUGUGUGUCUAUCAGUGAGAGAAUGCAGACCCAUAACUUCCAGUCAGGGAGAGGCACAGGCUGGAGAAUCCUCUCCCAAGGGGUAGGGGUGGACUGCCAGAGCUUGAGACAUUUCACAUAAACCUCAUCAAAGCACUGUGCUGUAGGGGCCCCAUCCUGUUCUGGCCCCAGGGCUGGGUGAGAAGCUCUGCUGCGGUGUUUCCAUCUUUGUGUUGCUGAUCCUGUGUUUAAUACAGUGUUAGAGCUCUCAGAUGGAUGUGGACUGUGCUGUAUGAAAGGGAGAGCAGUUGUAAGUGGUGAGGGGCAGGGGGGAAGAAUCAUUCCUGCACAUCCAUGCAUACCACAUACAGAGCUAGGCAUGUGCCCAGCCACGCCUGUUUCCAUACACGCCUGUGCACACACAGCUUAGGCACGCAUGGUUCCAUGUCUUUACACAGACACAUGCCACAUUCCUUUCACCUGAACAGCACACAUGCACACGCACCGUAUUGUUCUUUGGAGAAGGGAAUCUUUAUAGGUUGUUCCCCAAGGUGGGCGUGACAGGGUGUACUGCCCCUUUAAGGGUCAAUCUGGAGUUGAUGGCUCACCAGUGUGGACACAAUCAGGGAGCACUCUGUUCCUCCCUGGGGUGGGGCUAUAAAUUAACAGAAGGAAGCUGGGGUGAUGAAGGGUCAGAAGGUGGGUGGCAGGUUUUUUAAGGUCCUGGGACUUGCUUUUUAAUCAGUUUGGCUGCUUAGCUCAAGGCUUUGACCUCAUGACCUGAGUUAGGAGCUGUAUUCCUAUCUCAUGCCUGCCUCCUAAGAUUGGGGGGUGCUCAGUCAGCAGGGGUUUGUGUGGAGGCCUUUGUAACUGGAACAGGUUACUUUUGUUGUUUUGGUUUUGGCCUACCCCUAUGUGCAGGAGCAGGAGCUGUGUGCUGUGGGAGCCCAGCUCCCCUGCAGGCUGUUCCUGUGCAGGGCGAGGGGGAAGCCUACUGUUCUCACUGUGCAAGUUACAGUAGGGUGUUUUAGCUGAGGGCUGCCUCUGCCUGCAAGCAAGCUCAGUGGGGAGAAGGGAGAAAUGGUCUGACUGGGGUUAAAACCAUGGUGGGCAAGGGAGCCUUAAGGGCCACUGCUUCUGUUGUGACUUCUGGUAGGAGCUCUGAAGUUCUGCUCUGAGGCUAAGCUACCUCCCAUGUCUUCAGCUUCCUGUCUCCCUUGGCCUUGCAGGGAGCUCUGCAGAGGAAGCCCAGGGUAGAGGAUAAGGGUUGUCACCCCCUGGAGCUGGGUGUGGAGAGUGCUAGCCAAGAUCUAGGCUCUGUGGGGAGGAGGUUUUAAAGGAGCUGAAGGAGCACAAAGACACAACAAACAGUCCAUGCAGUUCUGAGAAACCUGGUUAGGGGAAAAAGCAAAUUGUCUAAAGCGACUGGCAUGAGGAAGCUGGUACCAACACGGGACAGCCCCUGCAUUAGCCCUAGGAUUAACAUUCCUUUUCAGCUGGAUUUCACAGAACAAAGGCUGUCCUGCUGCUGCCACAGUCACCAGGGAGUGCAGCUGCAGCCUGCUCCUGAUGGAGCUUCCUGAGAGCAGCUGGGUGGGCAAUGUCUGCAGUCUCAGAGGGGAGCUGUGAACCAGCCCUGCAGUGGGACAGUGCUGGUGCUAAGUGUGUGAGGGGUAGAGUGUAGGUAGGUGCUGAGGUUUGUCUGCUCUCCAUGGGAUCUCUCGGGCACAGGCUUCAGGGAGCAGGGUUGAAACAACCCUCUUCACUUCCUUCCACAGCACGUCUCAUACAUGUGACUCCACUGAAAUGCAGGCACCUGAGGGAGGCAGGGCACACAUGUGGAGUGCUCUGCACACAAGUUCUACCACUGGGCCAGGAACAAAAGAGCUGGGGAGCCCAUUCCUGGUUCUAGAGAGGCCUAAAGAUCAAAAGCACUUUCUGCUUGGUGCCCCCAGCCUCUGCAGUGGAAAAGGUUCAGCUAUUAGCCUCAAGCUUUUGCUUCUAGCAGGGCAAUUGUGCUUGGAUAGAGCCCAGUGCAGCGAGGUGCGGCAGGGCUGGGCCUAUCUCAGGGGCACAUUGGUGAGUUCUUUCUGCGGGGGUGGAUGAUGCUGAGGUUGGAAACAGAGUUCAGCCGAGGGGCCGGGUUGAGUCAUGUGAACUCAGUCUUGCAAGGGAGGGGCAAACUGAUAAAUUACUUAGCUUCUUUCUCAGGCUUUCUUUGGCAGUAAAAGCCCCUCUGUAGCUUUCUAUGCAGCUCUGCUCUUCUCAGCAACCAGGCUGGGCUUGUGAAUGCUAGGGUGUGCAUCCCUGGCAAUCAGUCUGUUACAGUGUCACUAAGGAGCCAGCCAACAUCUUUUCAAGAGUGCUUUUCCUGUAAACGCACAUGCCACCUCACACCCAGGCACACCCCACAUGUGAGCACCCACACUGUCAAACAAAAGAGCUGGGCAAACAGUUCAAAAGCAAACAUCAUAAAGGGUAGAUUCCAAAGGACUCAUUAACCUCCCAUCAUUAGCAGCCCUCUAAAUGUUUUACAGUUCAAAUUACCUGUCUCUAAAAAUCUGUGGAAGUGCUAAUGUUAAAAACACACGUUGCGGUAAGCAUUGGUGCCAGGCUAAGUCAUACCGUGGGCUAGGGGAGACUUUCCUCUGCUUUUAGAAAUGCUUACAACUCAGCCAGUCUCUAGCAGACAAUGCUGGAAUACUAAAGGGGGAGCUUUGUCCACCCCUGCUCAAGGUACAGACCAGGGGAGAAAUGUGAACCAAAGGGGCACAUUUCAAUGGUGGAAAUGCCAGCACUUCCAGAAGCAAGCCUAUCUGUGGUUGGGUGGGGUGUGUUGAAAGGUGGAGUGGCGAAGCCGGCAUGUAAGUGUAAACCAUGCAGAGCUAAAGUCAGCAGGUAGGAUGAGUGCAAUAUGGGAAUGGCUGUUUGAGGAUCAAGCAUUCCAGUUUAAGUCCUUGAGUGCCUGCAAAAAGGGACUAGGCUAGGGGCAUAUCCAUGGCAGGAGAAAAUGAUGUCAAAAUGUGCUUAGAUUGGAGUCUGCGUUUCCCUAGGACAUCUCCCUGACCAAUAGUCUGACAAAUGCUUGAGGCUGCUUGUACACACCACGGAGGUUUAAUUGGGUUUAGUUCUCCCUGAAUUUGAAACGGUGGGUUUUUAAAAACACCACUCUAGUUUAGGAAGAAUUAAACCGAACUAAGCCCCCAUGGCAUGUACAUAGGGGUGGAGGCCCCAUCCUUACCUGCCUCUUUGGUGGGCGGAAGGGGAGCGAGCUACCAGUGGGCCAAGUGGUCCCUGAGUUGCAUGGGGGUCCCCUGGCGGCACCCGCCUGCUGGCACCCAACCCAGGCAGUCCUGGGGGGGGGCGCUGCAGCCACGGAGGGAAGCACCGGUCCCCCUGCAGCCACGGAGGGAAGCAGCGGUCUCCCGCACAGCUCAGGCAGGCAGACACCUGGGAGUUAAAAAAAAAAAAAAGAUCAGGCUCAUGGCUUUUUUUUCCCUUCAGUGGAGCCUGCCUGCACGGGCUGCCACCAGGUCCCACAGCCCCUGAGCUGCGUGGGGCCCACCAAGCCCCGAGCACGUCAGCUUCCAGUGCCCCAUGCACUGUUGCACUUUGUUAGCUAGCAAACUAAAACACCUUGGAGGCGUUUUAUCUUGCUACGUACCAAAGUCAUUUAAAGUGGAAUAUGCCACCCAGCAUGCAAACAGCAACAUCACUGAAAUGGAAUAUGCUGCUCAACAUGCAUACAGCAACACCAUUAAAGUGGUGCAAAAUGGCAUUUAAGCUGCUUUAAUGGUCAGUUUUGUGGUCUGUGCAAAGGUCAUGAUACUACCCUCCUGGGGCCUUCCUCCCACUUCCUCCUGCCCUGGGGCAUCCUGGGGUGGCUCCCACAGUAAUUCCCUGGCAUGAAGGCUGUGGGAAGUGCAGAUUGGCCGUGUCUGGGCAUUCCUUAGAAGAGACGUGCUCUGAGCACUGCUGAGGCUCCAGGUUGCUGGGACCCUAAAGACAAAGGCAGCACCAAGGAUUUCUUUCUCCACCCCUGGCAAGGGACCCUUCCUAACUUGACUAACCCUUUAGUGAGGCGC